GUCAGACGACAUCCAAGAUCGAGGCCACGCCUUGUUGGAUCCUGGUGGGGGGGCGAUGACGGGGGGUUCUGGGGGUGCCUAAUUCAACCCGCUGUUCGAGAAGGAGAUGGCGAAGUUGAGGCAAGGGAACAUUGUUUGGAACUUCGUCACCGCAGGCCAGUACGUCAGGGACCAGUCCAAGAUGCACUGGGACCGAAAGUUGCGUUGCAACUUAUGCGGCCACCUGUUUCAGGGGGGGUCGUCGGAGGCCGCUCGUCAUUUCACGCAGUCGAAGUUCUGCAAGGCUGGGGGGAUGAGAGUUCUCGCGGAACUCUGGAACGACACGGACUACGCAUUUGUGCCAUCCACUGCUCAACGGGUGCAGAGGUGGAUGGCAGACGAGGGCAUACGGGACACGAGAGCGUCCGCGGGUGGCCAGAGACAGCGGAUGGACGACGGAGAGAGGGACGACAUUCAGGAUGCCCUCGAUGAGGAGGAGGGCCGCGAGGGUGGGGCCAGGGAGGGGGCGGUUGCAGACGAGGCAGACGAGGCAGUCGGAGAGCCUAACCUGCCUGGGGAGGAGGUGGUGAUGACGUCGAGAGGCAUCGGUCGAGCGGGUCCUGCUACUAGGGGGCCGCAAGCUGAGGUGGAGCGCGCGAGGAGGGAGAAGAGGACAGUGGGGCAGGCUGGCGUCGAGGUGCCAAACACGGGUAAGGAGAAGAGGGCUCGGCAGACCACGAUUGACGAGAUGUACGCUAGGGAGAAGUUGGACAAGUUCACAGACGCGUGGCUUCAGUGGAUCAACGUGAAGAAGUUGCCAUUCAACGCCUUCCGUGCUCCGGAGUUCCAGAGGGUGCGGCAGGCAGCAGAGAGAGUGCCUCGCUCUAUCCAGUUCCGGUUUCCCUCCUACAGGGUUACAACGGGCGCCGGUAUCUCUUCGCAGAGGGCGAAGGUGGCGACUAUGGUGAGCGAGGUGCUCGCCACUUUCCGGCACAGCGGUGCCACUAUCCUUUCCGACGGGAGGAAGUCGCACAGCAGCAAGCUGCUCAUGGACUUCCUCGCCGGGGGCGCCAAUGGCGCCCUGAUGUACAACACCGUCGCACGUGCCGGGUCGGUCCGAGACACAGCGGACGUCGUGUACUAUAGGUGGCGGGCCAUCAUCUUGUCCUUUCCUGCAAAGGACGUGAUCGGCUUCUGCACAGACUCCGCCAGUAACUAUAUGGCGGCAGCGCGCAGGUUCGCCACAGACCCCGAGCCUCACAUCAGGAGGAUCACUUGGCUCCCCUGCUGCACCCAUGUCUGCAACUUGAUGUUGUCAGAUAUCGGGACGCGAGUGGUGUGGGUCAAGGAGACCAUCAUCCGCGCUCGAGCGCUUGUGCGAUUUAUUAAAUCGCACGGCGCUGCUCACACCCUGUUUAGGAAGGUGAGCCCUCGCGUUCAGCUCGUCGAGCCCGUUGAGACACGGUUUGCAUCGGUUUUCCUUAUGUUGACGUGUCUCAAAGGCCGACGAGACGCAUUGGAGAGCAUGUUGCACGGGGAUGCUUGGGUACACAUCCCGUGGGAUCGCGCCCACGUAUCUCAGGCGCAGUGGGUGCAGCAGCAGAUCCGAGACGUUGAUGAGCAGGGUCGACGUGUCGACGGACAUGAUCGACCGUGCAUGCGUGAGGUUGAAAUCCGCAACCUCCACAUGCUAGAGCCCGCACAUGUCGCGGCCCACCUCCUCAACCCUCGUCGACGGUCCCUGACGUAUUACCAUUCGUUGGAGACGACCACCGACGACCGCCGUGUGGUCGAGGAGUGCGACAGCUUUUUCCUGGCGCAAACCGGCGGCGAUCCGGUCGGCUUAUUGUACAGGAGCGUGAGGGACCAGAUGAGGGCGUUCCACUUGAGGCGAGGGGAUUGGGGAGAUCGUGACCUCUCCGAUGCCGAGGCGGCCGAUUGCAUGGGGGACAGUGAGACCGAGCAAUGUGCAGCGUGGUGGUUUGAGCAUGGACGUGCCCACCCGGAGUUGCGCACCAUCGCCAUCCGUGUGAUGCACUUGUGGACGUCUGCCUCUCCAGCGGAGAGGAACUGGGCGGAGUACGAGCGCGUCAGCAUGGCGAGGCACUGCAAGCUUGGGUUCGCCAAGCUUGCACAGCUAGUUGAGAUUGCCACCAAUCUCAAACUGGCCUCGUGCGCACGGCAGGGUGGUGGCUACGGGUUGCCAUGGGUUAUGGGGACCGGUCGGGGGGGGACGGCGGCAGAGGAGGAGGAUGAGGAGGGAGAUGUGGAGCCCGAGGUGUCCGGAGCGAGACCUGAUGGCAACGUUCUCGAGCAGGAGAUCCAGCGGCAGAUUGUCGCUUUCCGUGACAGCCGACUGUCCAGAGCCCGUUUGGUUCGGGACGUGUUCGACAGCAGAGCGACAGAGUUGCGACCGUGGCUGGAGGGUGGGAAUGAUGUGGACGCUGCUGCGGCAGACGACGACUGGACUGACGAUGAUGAUACACCGCUGAGUCGCGACUCGACGGCUGAGCGAGUGUACUUCACUUACGGUGGGGGUCGUGACGACAUGGAUUCAUUCACAUCAGUUAUCACUGGCGAUGUGCCAUCGACCGCGCAGGCAAGUGGCAGUAGCAGAGCCGGCGGUGGUCGUGGAGGACGUUCGCAUGCGGAGGUUCGCAUGGACGACUCGGGGGAGCAGCAGCCACAUGGAGGUCUUCGGCAGACAGGCAGGCGUUGGGAAGUUAGGAGCGACAGCGAGGCCGAGGGGGAGGCCGAGGGGGAGGGCGAGGAUCAGGAGGGGGAGUUCGAUUAUGAGGGGCAGGAUGCCGUCGCGGGUGGUGGGUCAGGUGGUGGACGACGCGGCGACGAGGAGACCGCGGGUGUUCCUGAGGGGCAGGAUGUUGUCAUGGGCGGUGGGUCCCCUAGUGGGGGCCGUGGCGACAGCGAGACCUCGGGUGACGAGGGACAGGGUGCCGCAAUGUACGGCAGAGGAGAGGGUGGACCCGGUGGAGAUGGGGAUACAGCGGGUGUCGGUGGAGACGAUGGACCGGAUGACGACGAUGACGACGACCACAGUCCCGAGGACGAUCCGUAUAAGCUCGCCUUGGUGUUGAGGGACCCCACAGUGCCUCCCUUGCGCUUGACGACAUAGCGCGCACUUUCUUCAACGCCGACGCUUUGGCGCAUGCGUUGACGGAUGACCCUUUUGCACACGUGAGCCGCAAGAGCGGCAAGC